AUGGCUACAAAUCAGGAAGAAGUGUCACUUAUAGGAGCUGUUGGAAGCCCAUUUGUAUGUAGAAUACAAAUUGCUCUAAAAUUGAAGGGAAUUGAAUACAAAUUUGUUCAAGAAGAUUUGGCCAACAAAAGUGAUCUUCUUCUCAAAUACAAUCCAGUUCAUAAGAAGGUUCCAGUUUUUGUUCACAAUGAGAAGCCUAUAUCAGAAUCCCUCGUGAUUAUUGAGUACAUUGAUGAGACUUGGAAGCAAAAUCCCAUUUUACCCUCUGAUCCUUACAAAAAAGCCUUGGCUCGAUUUUGGUCCAAGGUCAUCGACGAUAAGAUUGCUGCGCCUUUUUUUAGAGCUGUUUUUGCUGUUAACGAUGAGAAAGCGCGUGAGAAGAAUAUUGAAGAAUCAUCGGAGGCACUUCAUUUUCUUGAGAAUGAGUUGAAGGAGAAGUUCUUUGGGGGAGAAGAGAUUGAUUUUGUGGACAUUGCUGCUGUGUUCAUAGCUUUUUGGAUCCCUUUGGUUCAAGAGGUGGCGGGGUUUGAAUUGUUCACACCUGAGAAGUUUCCCAAGCUUUACAAUUGGAGCCAAGAAUUUCUCAACCAUUCAAUUGUGAAGGAACUUGUGCCUCCAAGAGAACCUCUUUUUGUCUAUUUCAAAGCUAAAUAUGAUAGCCUUGUUUCUGCUUCAAUAUAG